AUGUAAUCAUUGAAUCAAUUCUGUACUGGUUUUACUUUACUAAUACUAAUAUUGUAAACUAGUUAAAAGCUUUUUUAACUUGAUUAGAAUGCAUAACAGAUAUCCUUAAAUAGUAAAUGGUAGCCAGUUGAUUAAUAUAUUGGAACACUUUUUAAAUAUUGUCCUUUGAGUGAAAUAUCUCAUAUAGGAUCAGUUUAAAGAAAUCAAUCCUACUCCUAUUUACUUAAUUUAGGUUAUGAUUAUCUUACAGAAAACCUACUUUUCAUUCAUUAUGUGCAGUUUACUCCAGAAAUGAAGAAAAUUACUCAUGUUGUUAAAUUAUAUAUAAAAAACAAGAUUAUGGUAGAAGAAUUUGAAUUUAAUUCUAAUGAUUAUGAAGGUAGAUGGCAUUUACAAUAUAUGUAUUAUGAUUUAAAUUAGAAAAAUGUAAUAUUAGGUUUUAUGUAAAAAGAAUGGAAAAUGGAAAGAAACCUAAGUUCCAUAAAAUUUUUUCAUCAAGAAAUUAAAUUCAUCUGGGGAGGAAGUUUAAAGGUAUAAAUUUUUAUCAUUUUUUUAGAGAUUUGAUAAUUCUUUCUAAGAAGAUUUUCUGUUGAGCAGUUUUCCUGGUAAAAUGAAUUUUAUCUUCCUUGAACCGAAUAUUAAAAAAGAUUUUUUUCUCUCCAAUUUAGAAGUUUGUGAAUCAAAUUAAAAUACAUUAAUUAAUGAGUUUUAUGAUUUUUCAACUCAAUCUGUUCAAUUAGAAGUAAAUGAAGCUUAUGAUACACAAUAUUCAAUUCAAUUUUGGAUUAAAAUUGAUAAUUAUUCUAAAGAAGUUGAGAAUAUUUAAGUUAUAAAAUUAUCAAUAAUGUUGAAUAGAUAAUUUUAAUUAGAUAAAGAAAAUUAAGUUGAAUUAAUUAGUUUUUAGCUAAAUUAUUUUAGAGAAAAUACAAAAUGGUUUUAUUGUCUAUAAUUCUAUUCAUAUAACUAUCCAUAUAUUUUUUCAAUUAAUCAAAUAAAAGAUUUUGUGAAUAAUUAUUUAGAAGAAAUUGAUAAUGAAUUUCUAUUUUCAUGGCAUUUUAUUAAAAUAAGCUAUAAAAAUAAAAAGAUUAAUUAUUUUAUGAAAAAUUUCUUAUUAAAUAUUUAAAGAAUGCAUUACUUUGAGAAUAUAUAUUAAUUUUCAAAUAUAAAGUUUAAGAUAGUUUUAGGAGAGAACAGUAAUGAAAAUUUAAUAAGUGGAUAAAUUAAAAAUUUAUAAUAUUAAACUUGUCCAUUUAUUAAGAGUAUUAAAAAUGACAAUAAUGAUAUCUAUAUUGGACAGUGUCAUUAUUCAUGCAAAACAUGCUAUGGGCCUAAUAGUAAUGAUUGUUAAUCAUGUGAUGAAUAAAAAAAUAGAAUAUACAAUGCAAUAAAUAAAACUUGCAAAUGUAAACUAUGGUAUUUAGAAUUAAAUGAAGUUAAAUGCCAUGGAAUAUCUGAGUUAAAUUUAAAAGAAAGUGAAAUAUACUUACCAAUCGACCAAAGAUAUGAUGAAUUAGAACCUGUAAUUUAAUGUUCUUUUGGAUAUUUUCUAUUUUAAGAUUAAUGCAUAAAAUGGUAUUCUAUAUUUAAUAAUAAGUCCAUCUGCAUCAUAAUAAGGAUCUAUUUAAUGUAUUGAAUGUUUUCUUUAUCCAGAUACAUGGUUUUAUAGUGGUGAAUGUUCACAAUAAUUGUAUUAACUAGAAAAAGAUGAAAGAAAUACAUAUCGAUUCGUUAACGAUAGGUAAUUAACAUAGUCAGGAUUUUAUUUAAUGGUUGAUGAAGAAUUAUUUUCAUGUGAUGAUUGUGAAUUUUGUACAAGGGAAGAAUAUUUGGAAAGUGAAGCUACUGGAAAGCCUUUUUGUUAUUUACAUCCUUUAAAACAUAUUAACCAAGAUAUAUAUAUUAAAUGUUAAACUGGGUAUUUACAUUUAGAAACUCUUAAAUGUUAUACUCCUCCUUCACGUAGGUUUAUAUAUGGAAAUAAAGGUACAUGUAAUGAAUAUUGUGGUUAUUGUGCCUUGAAUGUUUGCUAAUUUUGCAAAGAUCCUUCCAUUUAUUAUAAUGAUUAGUAAGGUUUAUGCAGAAAAUGUAAUAUUUAAAAUUGUAAAUAUUGUUUUUCAUACAAUUUAUAUGAUUUAAAUUAAGUAUCUGUUAGAAAAACUAUUUUAACUGAUCUUUAAUCUUAAUAAGAAGAAGAUUAUGUCAUAGCAUGUUCAUUAUGUUUACCAGGAUAUAUAUUUAAUUUUAUUACUAAUUAAUGUAUUAAAAAAGAAGUGCAACUUCCAUGUCUUAAUGCUUUUAUUAAUUUUGAUGAUGAAUUAAUUUGUACUAGUUCAAUAUAACUUGAACAACUUAAUAAACAAGCAAUAGAAAUUUCAGGUUGUUCUUCAUAUUUUUAAUUUUGUGUAAAAUGUGUUUUUGACAAUUUUAAAAUGGUAUAAUGCACAAAAUGUUAAGAUGGAUAUUAUCUUAAUUAUUAAAAUGGAAUUUGUAUGCUUUGCUCCAAUAUUAUAGAGCAUUCAACCAAAUGUAAAAUGAUCACUUCUUCAUAUGAUUCAUGGAAAUAUGAAGUUAUGAGUUUCUAUAAUAAUUUUGUAACAGAUAAAGUUCCAAUUUUAGUUUCAGGGUUUUAUUUUAUUUAAUAUUAUAUUGCAGAUGAAUGUUAAGAUGGUUAUAUUACAGAUUAUGAUUAAUGUCUAGAUGCAAAUGAUAAAAAUUGUUUAAAUUGGUAAAUUGAUAAAAAUGGUGUAGUUUGUAAAACUUGUAAAUCUUUAUCUAAUUAUUAUUAAUCAUACUCGUUCUUCAAUAAAAAAUGCCAAAUGUGCACUUAUCCUUGCAGUCUUUGUCAAUAAAGAACAAAAGAUAAAAUUAAUUUAAUUAAUCCAUAUUUUAUUACUAAUGAAAAUAAUAUUUACUAAACACACUACUGUUUAUUAAAUUUUGACUCUGAACAAAGUUAUAUACAUUCAAAAUUAGGCAAUAUACAACCUUUAAAUAAAAAUGGAAUCAGAUAUCUUUAUAAAAUUGAUUAAUUUUUUUAUUAAUAUUAAUCCUAAAGCUAACACUAAAUAACUGAAAUAGAGUUGUAAUAUUUAAUUUAAAGAAACAUACAUACUUAUUCAGCACAUUAUAACUCUUUCGAUUAACUAAAUACAAUUAAUCUCAGAAAUAUGAUCUUUUCUUUAUAAUAUUCAAAUCUAUAUUAUGAUGGGCAAAAUUAAACACAUUCUGAUAAAAUAAUCGAUAUUUUCAAUUAUUCAAAAGUCAAUCUUUAAAACUUUAAUUUAUUUAAUGAAAAUAAUAUUUUGAAUAUUAAUUCAUAAUAUGGAGUUGAAGUAAUCAUAAAAAAUCUUACUCUCUCAUCAAUUAAAGCUUAUAAAUCUUUAAUUGAAUUAACUAAUAUCACUAAUCUAACUAUCUCUAAUCUUUAAAUUAAUGAAUUUAUAUUUUAAUCAUCAUCUGUUAUUUCAAUUAAUAAUUUAUAUCAAUCAAAUAAUUAGAAUACAAAUCUGUUAUUUUAUGAUAUCAUACUGACAAAUUGUAUUUUUAUUAAUAGUGUAAUUAUCCACAUUAACAAUUAAUUAAGUUAUAUUGAAAAUUUUAUGAUUAAUAAGGUUAGAAUUUUUAAUUGUACAUUUAAAAAUUCUACCAUUAUUUCAUAUACUUAACAGUCUAAUUUUGGUAAAAUUACAGCAUAAGAUAUAAAUAUUAUUUAAUCUAACAUAUUUGACACUGAAUUUUUGAAACUACCAAUCAGCAAUUAUAUUCGAAUAAGUUAACUGUAAAUGUAGGAUUCCUAAAUUUAUUAAGGAAUUCUCAUCCAAUCUACUUCAUCAUCUAUAUUUGAAUAAGUACUCUUUUAAAAUGUUAAAUUAAGUAACAGCACACUCAUUCUACUUAAAGGGUAUCUUGCAGAAACAAAUUUUGAUCAUAUAUUAAUAAAUUUUCAAAUUUAAGCCAUUUAAUUUUGGGGUUAAAGCCCAUUCAUAAUUAAAUAUCGAAAUGAUUAUCAAGGUUAAAUAAACAUUAGAGAUUUAUUCUUAGAAUAGGGCAAUAUGAUUGAUGAAAGUAAUUUAUUUAAAUAAAAUGAAUCAUCAUGUCUCUUUGAUUUCCAAAGCCACUCUCUAUAAAUUAUUAAUUUUAAAUCAAUAAAUAAUGUAAAUUUUCAAAUAUUUUGUUUGAACAAUUUUAACCAAAUAUUUUUCAAGAACUGUAUUCUUAAAUAAGAAUUAUUAGGAGCAGUAAAUUAAGAUACAGAUAAAAAUUUAAUUAAUCAAGGAUUCUUGUUUAUAAAGGAUUUCACAGAAAUAAAUCUUCAAAACCUAUAGAUCAAUAAUUUAUAUAUGGUUGAUUCAUCAUUAAUUUAUAUUUUAUCUAAAUAAGAUACCACAUUAAAUUAGAGUAUCACAAUUGAUGGUUUGCAUGUCACAAAUAAUUUUUUAAUUAAAAAUUAAUUAUCUACAGUACCAUCAUUUUUAUACAUUUAAUCAGAAUAUUACUGUAAUAUUUAAAUACAAAUGAUCAAUUAUGAGAAUAAUACAAUUUUAUAUUAGAUUGAAGAUUCAUAGACAAUAGCUCCUGCUCUAAUAUUUAUUUAAGUAAAAUAAAGCAAAAUAAUUUUAUGUUAAGGAUAAUUUAAGAAUAAUUACAUAGCAAAUUCUAGAAAUUCUCAUAUAUAUUUAAAUUCUGAAACAAUAAUAUUAUAGUCUUUAAUUGUACAAGAUAUUAAUACAGUUUAUUAUAACAAUAAUUUGAAUUUCUCAACUAUUUAAAGUCUUUCAAAAGGAGGAUUAGGAUAAUUGAUAGGGCAAAAUGUUUUAAUUUUUGAUAUAAUAUUUUAAAAUAUAAUGGCUCAUUAAGGGGGCUGUUUAUUCAUGAAUCUUAUUGAAAAAAGUAGAGUUUUAGUAGAGAAUGUUUUAAUUUAAAAUUCUAUAAGUUGGAAUAAUAUGAGUAUUAAUUCUUAUGGGGGAAGCUUUUACAUAGAUGCAACAAAUUCAUAGUUAGAUUUAAUUUUUAGAAAUAUUACAGUAUAAUUUUCAAUUAGCAAAGAUUCUGGAGGAUUUAUAUAUUUACUUCCCUCAUAAAUAUCAAAUAAAUUAAAAAUUGUUGAUUCAAGUUUUAUAAAUUCAUUUUCUUAAGAGAAUAGCUUAAUUUCAUAUCUUUGUGAUUUUUUCUUAAGUAAUAAUAAAUUUGAAUUCAAAAAUAAUACUAUUUAAAUAGAAGAAAGCUAAUACGAAGAUUUUAUUCUAAUAAACUUUUAGAUUUCAAAAUCAAGUUAAAGUGGAAUGAUUGUUGUUUCUAAUAGGUAAUUUUAAUUAAUUAUUUAAGCAAAAUUAAUAUUGAUUCUGUAUUAAUUAAUGGUUCAUACCCAGUUUCUGUAUUUAGCUUAUCCUUUAUAGAUCAUAUUAGUAUAACAAAUAUUAAAAUAUAUAAUGUUAAAUAAUUUGGGGCUCCUUUAAUAUUUGUACAUAAUUAAUAAUAACAUUAAUUACCUAAAUAGAUAAUGAUGAAUUAUUUAUGGUUAAGUAAAAUAGAAAUUAAUAAUUGUAAAAAUAUGAAAAAUUAAUAAAAUGGUUCAUUUAUAAAUAUUUAGAUUUUGAACUAAAUUUAAUCAACAAUAAAAUUAAAAUAAUUUUUAGUACUUCAAAAUAAUUGUUCUAAUUGUUAAAAUAGCUUAAUCAACAUACAAUUUACUGAAUUUACAAAAUCAAUAAAUUUUGAUGAAUUGUUAUUUUUUUAAAAUGAUUGUGGACUAAAUUCUUGUCUUUCUGUAAAUUCAAAUUAAAACAUAACCAAGAUAAAUGUAAAAAAUGGACUAUUUAUAUAAAAUAAAGGUUUUAUGAAUGGAACACUUAAUUUAUAGGCUUCAUUAAUUAAUUUAAAAAAAUUAAUUUUUAUUGAAAAUACAGCUUCAAAAGGAGGUGGAUAUUAUUCAUAAUAAUUUAAUGAACUUAGAGCAAAAAAUGUCUAUUUCAUUGAAAAUAAAGCUGAUGUAGGUGGAGCUAUAUAUUUAAGUAAGAAGAAAUUAUAAAAUUCAUAACUUUCUUAAAUUAAAUUUAUUGGUAAUAAAGGUAAACAUCCAGGAGAUAAUUUAUAAGAAUAGCCAAGUUAUAUUAUGUUAUAAAUAUUCUAAACUGAUAUUGAAACUAUUACUUUAGAUGGUGAAGAUCAACCAAAUCUUAAAAAGUUUCUUGAUAACAAUUACAUAUAUUUACCAAGUGGUUAAAGAAUAGGAAACUAUUAGAUAUUUUCAAAGGAAUUAUAACAUUAUAAAAAUUAUAACAUAGAAUUAAAAUUUUAUUUAGUUAAUAAUUUAUAAUAAAGAAUUUAAGAAUUUGAAGAUUAAGCUUAAACAUGUAUUGUUAGAUAAAAAUAAUAUAUAGGAGAUUAAUUAUAAUCUAAAUUUUAUGAUGAAUUUGUGAUUGAUUAUAAUUAGUAAGAUCAAUCAUUUAAUUUAGAAAACGUAACAAUAAUUUUUGAUCCUUAUUCUUAAUAAGAUUGUUAUUUAAAAAUAUAAAUGAUAUGUGAAGUUAAAUUUAAUGAAUAGAUUGAGUAUUAAUUUAAUGUAAAGACCUUUCCAUGUUAAGAGGGAGAAUAUUACUUUGAAUCUUAAUGUUUAUCAUGCGAUUCUAGUAAAGGUUAUUACUCAUUAGAACCAAAAGCCUCAUAUUGUUUAAAAAUAGAUCCAAAAAUGAUAUAAAAAAAUAAAUAAAAUGAAAUUUAGUUAUAUCCAGGAUAUUGGAGACCUUUUCAGAAAAGUUCUUAUAUUUCCAUCUGUAUAAAGAAACCAGAGACAUGUGAAGGAGGUUGGGUAACUGGAGAUGAUUCUUGUUCAAUUGGAUCAAUUGGAGGUUUAUGUGAAGAAUGUGAUAUAUAUAAUGUCAGAGGAUUUGGAUAAUAUUAUUAAAACAAUAAUUUUAAAUGUUAAUUUUGUGAGAAUUUUAUAGGAAAAACACUCGUUUCAGUAGUCAUAACCAUCAUGUAAUUAAAAUUUCAAUUUUUAGAACUUUAUUAUCAACAUAUUUAACCGUCAAUAGUGCUUAAUUAAUCUUCCUUAAUUUUAAAAGACUAAAAUAUACUACUGUUCAUUAUAAAAUUAUAUUUAGACAAGGAUAAGGUAUAUUAUUAAUUAUUAUAAUUAUUUAUAGAUUAAUCAGCUGCCUUAAUUAAAAUGAUUGUAAACUAUUUUUAAAUUCUAAUGGGAAUAAAAUCAUUUUAAAUUUAGAUGUAUUCCAAUAUAGUGGAUUUUAUAAACCCAUUUAGUAAUCCUGUUGGUAGUUCACUCUAUUCAUAUGAUUGCUUUUAUAGCUAAUAAUCUAAUGUUCCAGUUAUCUACAUUAAUUUAAUAAUUAAUUUAUUAGUGCCAAUAUUUUAUUAUUUGCUUUUUAUCACUGUCUAUCUAAUAGCUAUUUUCCUUAAAAAAGCCAAAUUAUCCAUUACUAUAUAUUUUACAGCAAUUCUUUAUUUGCUCUUUUAUACAUAGCCUUAAAUAAUUAAUGAAUUAGGCAGUUUGGCAUCUGAAAGGAAAAUUUCAGGAAUCUAAUAUAUUAAUAAAAAUAUACAAUUCUUAUAUUCUACUAAAACUCAUGAUACUUGGAUGGCAUUUUGUAUAAUUCCAUUGUUGAUUUUUGAAGGAUUAAUACUUCCUCUUAUUAUUUUAUGUAAAUUAAUCAAAAUCAGAUAAUAUUUUAACUCAGAAAAAUUUCGAAAAAUCUGGGGAUAUAUUUUCAAUGAUUAUUAAGAAUCAAGUUAUUAUUGGGAAAUCUUUAGAAUAUUCUAAAGAUAAAUAAUUAUUUUGACUUUAAAUUUUAAUGAAGAAUAGAUCAUUUCCAAAGGAUGUAUAAUGUUUGUAAUCCUUUUAUUCUAUUUUUCUGCUGUUCUUAUAUUAAAACCAUAUAAUGUUAAAUCUUUAAAUAGUUUUGAAUUAGAUUGCAUUUGCUUGUGUGAAAUUAUUAUUUUGAUUACUUGUUUAAAAUAUAAAACAUAACUUAAUUAGAUGGCAACUAUUGAUACAAUAUUAGAAUUAUUAUUUAUAGUUGUUUUUUUAUAUUUACUUCUUAAAAUAAGUUUAAAACUGAUUAAUAUCUACUAUCUCAAAUAUAACGACAGAUUUGAUAAUAUUAAACGUUAUUUAUUUUAUUAAUUCCCUAGUUUAGCAUAAAAAAAAUCAAUAUUUUCAAAAUUUAUAAAUAUAAAAAAGAAAGAUAAGAAUAAAAUAUAAUAACGAUUUUAAUCAGCAUUCACUAACUUAAAACAUAUGAAAAACUUAUCAAAUAAAUUUUCACAAUCUAAUAACUUUAUUAAGAAAAACUCUUAAAAUGAACAUACACUUUAACUUUCUUUUUAGCUUACAAAUACGUUAAACAAUGAAAAACAUGAUAAUGGAUUAAUCAAAGUAGAUGAUGAUUAUUAAUGCAAUGAUCAAGAUUAGAGGAUAAAAGUAGUGUUAUGA